CUUUGCCGUCUAGAUCCGCAAAACACGAGGUACCAAGUUCUCAGCAUGAAGCAUGGAAUAAUUAUCCACUUUUCCUUUUUCUUCUCUCUCCUGUGGCAACAUCAUAGGCCGCUGUUGAUGGUAUAAAAAUUGAUAGACAUUUCCGGUACUGUGAGAGUGAGCUCCACAACCAUCUCUUUUGCAUGAAUAGAAGUUUGUCCUCCAAGAUGACUUCAACUUUAGUUCCUAGCAAUAGUUAUAGAACCGAAGAAGAUGUAUACAGAGAAAUCAAGUCAGGUCAGUGGGAUUUUGUUGUUAAGGAUUAUGAGACAAAUUUUAGAUGGGUUCACAGUGCUGGGCUGAUCAAGAUGUUAGGUGGAACGGCAUUGCAUUUAGCUGUCUCCGACGGUGUAGAAAAUAUUGUUGAGAAACUUGUGACAAUAAUUUGUAAGAAAGACGAGCAGAAGAAGGUUCUAAAAAUAAAAAACAAGCAAGGGAAUACCCCUUUGCAUGUGGCAGCAUCAACAGGGGGUCUGCGGAUGUGUAUCUGCAUUGCUGAAGCUAAUCUGUCAUUGGGGAAUGAACGUAACAAGGAGGGUGAGAGCCCUCUCUUCUUGGCCGCUCUUCUUGGUAGAACAGAGAUCUUCCUUUGCCUCCAUUACAUCUGUGAAAGCCAGCUAAACAACUCCUACUAUAGAAAAAAUGGUAGUGAGACUAUUCUACAUUGUGCCAUCGAGAGGGAGUGUUGGGAUCUGGCAUAUCAGAUACUUCACCAAGAAGGACUACUUGCUACCUUUAUGGACGAGAAUGGAAUAUCGCCUCUCCAUCUCUUAGCAGAUAAGCCUUCCGCCUUCAAAAGUGGUUGCCGCCUUGGAUGGUGGAGCAGCAUAAUUUAUUAUUGUAUAGCGGUUGAUGCGCCCAAAAGAAUCGACCCGAGAAGAUUGAUUAAAAAAUGCACAGUAGAAAAAAAACACGAAUUCAUUCAAUCUCUGUUGAGUAUGAUUCGAGUUGGCAAGAAAGCAGAUGAAGAGAAUCCUGAAGGAUCGAAUGUCAGUCCCAAAUCGAGACAUGAAGGAUCCCUUGCUGAAAGUGAAGAUCAUAAGCAUUAUUCAUUUUGGAAAUAUUGUUUGGCCCCCUUUAUGAUUAUCAUGUUUGUUGGCAGUGCAAUAUCGCGCAUUCUUGGAUUUGGGGAAAUAAAGAAGAUUAAAGAGACGCACAUGUUGUCCGAUUUGAUCAUGAAAACUGUUAUCGGAUCUACAGUCCACGGGCAGUACUUCCAUAGAGGGACGAACCCAUUGCUAACUGAAGAUAAAGAUGAGUUCGUGAUUAUUGAAGAUGAUAUGGAAGACAGUUCAACAUCGGUACCUCCAGAAUAUAUUUGGAAGGAUAUUGGCGACGACGAGACACCCAUCUCAGCAAUAAAAAAAAAAAAAAGCUACGAGACACCCAUAUUGAAUGCGGCAAAAAACGGAAUCUUAGAAAUGGUUGAGGGAAUACUAGAUUAUUUUCCGAUGGCUAUACAUGACGAAACUAGCGAAGGAAAAAAUAUAGUACUGUUGGCAGCGGAGUACAGACAAACACAAGUAUACGACCUAUUCCGCAAGAGAAAUUUACGGAAAGAAAGCAUGUUUCAAAAACUGGAUAAAAAAGGAAACAGUGCAUUGCACCUUGCAGCCACACUAGGAGAGCAGAAGACGGGGCUAGUUCCUGGGGCUGCAUUGCAGAUGCAAUGGGAGAUCAAGUGGUAUGAGCACAUAAAGAACUCCAUGCCACGAGGCUUCCUUCAUCUCUCCAACAAGGACGGCAAAACCCCAGGGGAGAUCUUCAUGGAUACCCAUAAAAAACUUGUGGAAGAGGGUGGGAACUGGCUAAGCCAAACAUCGAAUGCAUGCUCAAUUGUAGCAGGUCUCUUUGUCACAGUUGCCUUUAACAUGUCAACUACCGUGCCUGGUGAUGUGGAUGACAAUGGCUAUCCCCGCCUCGAAAAACAGCUGGCAUUUAAUAUUUUCGCCAUCUCAUCCUAUAUAUCCUUCUAUUCUUCACUGUUAGCAGUCAUCAUGUUCCUUGCAAUCCUCACCUCUGGCUACAAAGAAAGCAGUUUUCGUAGUACCCUACCAAUGAAGCUUUUGUUGGCUUUAACAGCGUUCUACUUGUCUAUAGCAUCUACCGCAAUAUCUUUUUCUGCAGCACACUUCUUCAUUCUAAGAGAAAGACUGAAAUCUGCAGCUUUUCCAUCAUAUUCAUGGGCAGUCCUGCUGCUAAUAUUCUUUGCUAUAGCAGGGUUUCCAUUGUACUUUCAUUUGACAUGGGCUAUUUUCAAGAAAGUGCCACAUCAUCACCACAUGAUAACUCCGGCUGGUUUUCAUAUUAACUAUUAGGACAAAACUUAGGUACAGUACUUUAGAUGAUAUUUCUUAAGUUCCUCUCUUAAGAUUCAGCCAUAUAACUAUUUAAUUAAAAAAUAAACUUUCAUCCCACGAAAAAAAAUCCACAUGGCAGAAUUUUAAGAGGGGAACCUAAGGAACAACACCUAAGUACUGUACCUAAGUCUUGCUCUAAACAUUAAUUAAAAAUGCUCCUUCCUAGCUUAUUCAAGACCCUGAUGAGUCAGAUUUAUUAUCGAUAAAGUCAUUUAUAUCUUAUGAUGAUCAACUUGUACCGUGUCUUAGGUGUGUGUGAUCUAUUGAAUACUAUCUU